GUAGAAAAUUCCAAAUAAAAGUCACGAAUUUUUGUCGAAAUUUUCAUAAAUUAAAAAAAAAAAAAAUUUAAAGCAUUUCUCUUUUCUCUUUGUUUUCCUCCAUCACUUUCACUUCUCCAACAACACAACACCAUUUGAAAAAACAACAGAACCUUAAAAAAAAAAAAACCAAAACAAUCUACAAAUCAAUUAAUCGCAAAAAAUUCCCUAAUCCCACGUAAUUACCCAAUCAAAAAAACCUUAACCUCAUUCUAAUCCAAAAUUAAGAUAUCCAUAAUGAAAUUAUCAUUAUCGUUAUCAUUUUCAUAACCGUUUCUCUAACAACCUUGAGAGAGAAAAUGCCGACGGUAGCCGUGAAACUUUACAGCGUAUUCUUCAAGUUUCUGUUAAAACACCGUUUACAAACCCGGAUCCAAUCUCCAUCCGACGAAUCCGACCCGUUUGGCAUAACUUCUCGACCCGAUGAAUCUAUAGCGUCGUCAAAUCCAUCUUUUACCGACGGUGUUGCAACAAAAGACAUUCAUAUCGAUUCUUUCACUUCUCUUUCGAUUCGAAUCUUUCUCCCUGAAUCAGCUUUAUCAAAUCCCGAACCUAAUUCCAAACCUAAACGAAAACCCGAAGCUAAAGGAUCUGGAAAUGGAAAUGGAAACGGAAAUGCGGCGACGGAUUCGCCGUUGUUUAAUGUACGGCGGAAUAGUUACGGUCCGUCUGGUUUUCCGAUGAAGGAGACGCCACCGACGAGAAGGAAUAGUGUUGGUAGUGAUCCGGAUAUGAGUUUGAUGUCUAGUGGUAGUUAUGGCGGUUAUUCACCGACAUUGGAUGAUCGGAAGAGGAAGUUACCGGUAAUGGUGCAGUUUCAUGGUGGUGGUUGGGUGAGUGGGAGUAAUGAAUCAGUUGCGAAUGAUUUUUUUUGUAGGAGGAUUGCAAAACUGUGUGAUUCGGUUGUUGUGGCAGUUGGUUAUCGGCUUGCGCCGGAAAGUAGGUAUCCGGCGGCUUUUGAGGAUGGAUUUAAGGUUUUGAAUUGGUUGGCGAAGCAAGCGAAUUUAGCGGAGUGUAGUAAGUCGUUGGGGAUUAAGAAAUGUGAUGGUGGUCAUAAGCAUAUUGUUGAUUCUUUUGGUGCUUCUAUGGUUGAACCUUGGUUGGCUGCUCAUGGAAAUUUAUCAAGGUGUGUUCUUCUUGGCGUGAGUUGUGGAGCAAAUAUUGCAAACUAUGUAGCUCGAAAAGCUGUAGAAACAGGCAAACUUCUAGACCCUGUCAAGGUGGUUGCACAAAUCCUAAUGUAUCCGUUUUAUGUUGGAAGUGUGCCCACACAUUCUGAAAUAAAGUUGGCAAACUCUUAUUUUUAUGACAAGGCUAUGUGUAUGCUGGCAUGGAAACUAUUCCUACCUGAGAAAGAAUUUAGCCUAGACCAUCCAGCAGCCAAUCCCCUAGUCCCAGGCCAGGGUCCUCCUUUAAAGCUGAUGCCUCCAACAUUAACAGUGGUGGCGGAACAUGACUGGAUGAGAGACCGUGCCAUAGCUUAUUCGGAGGAGCUUAGGAAAGUGAACGUUGAUGCUCCUGUUCUUGAGUAUAAAGAUGCAGUCCAUGAAUUUGCUACACUCGACGUACUUCUCAGAAGCCCUCAGGCUCAGGUUUGCGCCGAGGACAUUGCCAUUUGGGUCAAGAAGUAUAUAUCACUUCGAGGUCAUGAAUUCUCAUAUUGAGUAGGAUAUAUCAGAUUAAUGCAAUGAAUAGUGAGAAAAUCUUUUCCCCAUCCUUGAAAUUAGCUUUGGGUCACUCUUUAAAUGCCAACGCACUCGAUUAGAAAUUACAACGAUGAUCUGCGAGCUCAUUCUUUUGCUGCCUAUUAACUUGGGGAUAUGUGAUAUAUUACUUGAUUUAUUUUGAAGCUUGAUAAGGCGUUGCCAUCAAUGUCGACCGGUUCUUCAAGGUACAGUAAUUUGAAAGUGGGGUUAGUGGAACCUGUGAGAUUCGUGAGAUGGAUGCAACUCAUGGACACCGCAUUCGGUAACCCCUGUUCCAUUUUUUCCUGUGUAUUAUGAUGUAAUAUUUCUCAUGAAAGAGAUAUAAAAUUUUGUGCAUUAUUCUUUUGACUUUGUCUCCAA